UUCAUAUACGCAAGCUAAUAUGUGGCUAAGCUAGCAGGCUAAGCAGACUGCCGGGUAAUUCGACAACAAUAGUUGCGAAAAUUAGACAGCUUUCAUUUAGAUUUUCUUACGUUUCAACCUUUGUAACGAGAUGAAUACAAGCCCUUGUACUCACAGUGAUAUGAAAUUCACUAUUAUUGUUCGGUAAAAUAAUGGCACAUAUGUGUGCGUGGUUUUGUUCAGAUUCAAACUAGUUUCAAGAUAUAGACGUUGAAGUUGUUUGUACUUGUGGGCUCUGUUGUGUCAUUUCAGCGAGACAAGUGAAGGAAAAUGACGUCCAUUAUCAAGCUGACAGCCGUGUCAGGGGUUCAGGAGGAGUCUGCCCUCUGUUACCUGCUGCAGGUGGAUGAAUUUCGCUUCCUGCUGGACUGUGGAUGGGACGAGAACUUUUCAAUGGACAUUAUUGAUGCCAUGAAGCGAUAUGUUCAUCAGGUCGAUGCAGUGCUGCUGUCCCACCCUGACCCCAUUCACCUGGGAGCCCUGCCCUAUGCUGUUGGCAAGCUGGGUCUAAACUGUACUAUCUAUGCCACCAUUCCGGUCUACAAAAUGGGUCAGAUGUUCAUGUAUGAUUUAUAUCAGUCUCGAAACAACAGUGAAGAUUUCACGCUCUUCACCCUUGAUGACGUAGACAGUGCUUUUGACAAAAUCCAGCAACUGAAGUACUCUCAGAUUGUCAGUCUGAAAGGUAAGGGCCAUGGUCUUUCCAUCACUCCUCUUCCUGCUGGACACAUGAUCGGAGGCACCAUAUGGAAGAUUGUCAAGGAUGGAGAGGAGGAAAUUGUCUAUGCAGUGGACUUUAACCAUAAGAGAGAAAUCCACCUGAAUGGCUGCACUUUGGAGAGCAUUAGUCGUCCAUCCUUACUGAUUACUGACUCCUUUAAUGCUACUUAUGUACAACCACGCCGCAAGCAAAGAGAUGAGCUGCUGCUCACUAAUGUAAUGGAGACCUUGCGUGGGGAUGGGAAUGUCCUUAUUUCCGUGGACACGGCUGGACGCGUCCUGGAGCUGGCACAGCUCCUGGACCAGAUUUGGAGGACAAAGGAUGCUGGACUGGGAGUUUACCCGUUAGCUCUGCUCAACAAUGUCAGUUACAAUGUGGUGGAAUUCUCCAAGUCCCAGGUGGAGUGGAUGAGCGACAAACUCAUGAGGUGUUUUGAGGAUAAAAGAAACAAUCCCUUCCAGUUCCGACACCUGACCCUGUGCCACAGUCUGGCAGACCUGGCCCGGGUCCCCAGCCCCAAGGUGGUGCUUUGUAGCCAGCCAGACCUUGAGUCUGGUUUUUCCAGAGAACUUUUUAUUCAGUGGUGUCAAAACGCAAAAAAUUCCAUCAUCCUGACCUACCGCACCACACCUGGAACGUUGGCGCGCUACCUCAUCGACAACCCUGGGGAAACGAUGCUGGAUCUGGAGGUCAGGAAAAGAGUGAAGCUCGAGGGCAAGGACCUGGAGGAAUAUCUGGAGAAGGAGAAAGUGAAGAAGGAAGCAGCAAAAAAACUCGAACAAGCAAAAGAGGUGGAUGUGGACUCGAGUGAUGAGAGCGACGUGGAGGAUGACAUCGAUCACCUAGCUGCGGUGAAAACCAAGCAUCACGACUUGAUGAUGAAGAGCGAGGGGAGCCGUAAAGGCAGUUUCUUCAAACAGGCUAAAAAGUCUUACCCGAUGUUUCCGGUACACGAGGAGAGGAUAAAAUGGGACGAAUAUGGAGAGAUCAUCAGGGUAGAAGAGUUCCUGGUUCCUGAACUUCAAGCCACAGAGGAGGAGAAGAGCAAACUGGAGUCGGGUCUGACUAACGGGGAUGAGCCCAUGGACCAGGAUCUGUCUGUCGUUCCCACCAAAUGCAUCUCAAGUAUAGAAAAUCUGGAGAUAAGAGCCAGGAUUGCAUAUAUCGACUACGAAGGUCGCUCUGAUGGCGACUCCAUAAAGAAAAUAAUUAACCAGAUGAAGCCCAGGCAGCUCGUCAUUGUUCACGGCUCACCAGAAGCCAGCCAGGACCUGGCUGAGUCCUGCAAGGCUUUCAGCAAAGACAUUAAAGUCUACACACCCAAGCUGCAGGAAACUGUGGACGCCACCAGUGAAACACACAUCUACCAGGUGCGUUUGAAAGACUCGUUGGUGAGCUCGCUGCAGUUCUGCAAGGCCAAAGACACGGAGCUGGCGUGGAUCGACGGCGUGCUUGACAUGCGUGUAGUGAAGGUGGACACCGGCGUGAUGCUGGAGGAGGGUGUUAAAGAAGAGGCGGAGGACAGCGACAUGCCAGUGGACAUCGCCCCCGAUCUUGACAUCGAUCAUGACGCCACGGCGGUGGCAGCUCAGCGCGCCAUGAAGAACCUGUUUGGAGAGGAUGAGAAGGAGGUGUCGGAGGAGAGUGAUGUCAUUCCCACGCUUGAGCCGCUGCCUCUGAGCGAGAUUUCAGGGCAUCAGUCUGUGUUCAUCAACGAGCCGCGGCUGUCCGACUUCAAGCAGGUCCUGCUCAGAGAGGGCAUCCAGGCUGAGUUCGUGGGUGGAGUCCUGGUGUGUAACAACAUGGUGGCCGUCCGCAGGACUGAGCCGGGACGGAUCGGACUGGAAGGCUGCCUGUGUGACGACUACUUUAAGAUCCGGGAGCUGCUAUAUCAGCAGUACGCAGUUGUGUAGCAGCAGCAGAUCCAGCAAAGCAGAGACUUUACACGGACUUCACCAAGAGGAGAGCGGUGAAGCACUGCCUCACGGACGGCUCCAUCUCCUGCGCUUCAGACCUUCUUGUACAUUUUGUUUCUAAAAUAUUGUUUUUUACCGUUUUUCUCCAUCAAGUGAAAUGCAGAUGCUUUAUUGUGAGCAAACUGUAGCCCUGAGGUUUGCAUGUUUCUGCAAAUCCACCAACUUUACAGAGUUUUGGUUCUUGUUCUCUCAGUAAAAUGUUUUUCAUGUUUA